GACACUACAUUUCCGUGGAUACAUCUUAUGAGGGUGAGAAAGCAGUGCUGUCCAGCCCUGAACUGUACUCUGAGGAGUGGAGCUGUAUCAGACUGAUUUAUCAGAUAGCAACGACUUCAGAGACUUCACCUGAUCCCGCCAGGCUCAACCUGUACCUGAGGCAGGAAGGAGAGAGCUUUGAUCGUUUGCUGUGGUCAGCCAAGGAGCCUUCAGAUAGCUGGCUCAUAGCUAGCUUAGACUUAAUGAACAGCACAAAGAAAUACAAGAUUGUACUGGAAGGUGAAAUGGGACAAGAUAAAUCCGCCAGUAUAGCAGUUUUUGAAAUUAAAAUAACUCCUGGAUAUUGUAUUGAAUGUGACUUUGAAGAAAAUCAUCUUUGUGGCUUCGUGAACCGCUGGAACCCCAAUGUCAACUGGUUUGUUGGUGGAGGCAACAUUCGCAAUUCUCAGUCUAUUCUGCCCAAAGACCACACACUUAACAGUGAACUGGGUCACUACAUGUAUGUGGACUCUGUUUACGUCAAACAUUUUCAGGAAGUGGCCCAGCUAAUCUCACCAAAGACCACAGCCCCAAUGACUGGCUGCUUAUCUUUUUAUUAUCAACUUAAGAAGGAGAGUAGCAUUGUUUUUACUGUGUACUUGAGAGACACGAGUGGCUUUUAUGAAGAGAUCUGGAAAACAGACAGUGCACUGAGUGCAGACUGGGCUCUAGCAGAAGUUGACUUCGAUGCGCCGUACCCCAUGGAGGUAAUAUUUGAAGUGGCUUUCAAUAGCGCCAAGGGAGGUUACGUUGCCCUUGAUGACAUUUCUUUCUCUCCAGUUUACUGCAGCAAUCAGACAGGAACUCCUUUCAAUCCUGCCCAGGCAGGCUGCAAUUUUGAGGAAGAUCUGUGUAAUUUUUACCAGGAUCACAAAGACGUCCCAGGAUGGAGCAGAGUGAAAGUGAAGCGUAAUGUGUAUAGAGCAGGAGAUCACACUACCGGGUUUGGUUAUUUCUUGUUGGCGAACACAAAGUUUACAUCACAGCCUGGGUAUAUUGGACGUCUGUAUGGCCCGACCCUGCCAGGAAACUUGCAGUUUUGUCUGCGUUUUUAUUAUGCUUUAUAUGGGUUUUUCAAAAUGAGUGGUACUCUUGCUGUUUAUAUCUUUGAGGAGAACCAUGUCGUUCAAGAGAAAAUCUGGUCCGUCUUGGACUCUCCAAAGGGAGUUUGGACUCAAGCUGAAAUCUCCUUCAAAAAGCCUAUGCCUUGCAAG